ACGAAACGCACCCAUCACUGCAUGCUUCGAAAAACCCAGAAAAAGAAACAAUUUUGCCCCCUCCCAACAAACCCAUUACCGUUCCCAUUCACUCACCUUCAACUUUAACGGGUCGGUUCCGUUGCAACUUUCGGAUCUUCGUUUUUCUGCAAGCUACUGUGUCGGUGGAGCAGUUUUUCCGGCGCUUCAAUGGGGCCAAUAAGGGGACUGAAGAGGAAGAAGAAGGCUGAAAAAGAUGUUGCCUCUUAUGCCCCUACCCUUUAUCGACAACCCAUGCCUUCCCCUUCUGAUUGGUGGGAUGGUUUCUCCCGCAGGAUCACUGGGUCUUCGGGAGAUAAAGUUACGUUUGAAUCUGUUUUCAAGUUUUCAAGGAGAACAUUUAAUUACAUCUGUUCACUAGUUAAGGACGAUAUGAUGUGCAAGCACCCGAACUUAACUGAUCUUAGUGGCAAGCUUUUGUCGUUAAAUGACCGAGUGGCUGUAGCUUUAAGAAGAUUGAGUUCAGGUGAAUCACUCUCGAGUCUUGGUGAUUCCCUCGGGCUGCACCAGUCAUCUGUUGCACAAAUAACUUGGAGAUUCGUGGAAUCCAUGGAAGAAAGAGGGCUUCACCAUCUCUGCUGGCCUUCGACUGAAGAAGACGUGAAAGAGAUAGAAGAUAAAUUCGAGAGUAUACGUGGCCUUCCGAAUUGUUGCGGUGCCAUUGACACCACGCACAUCAUGUUCUGCCAAUCUUCAGCAGAUCCUUCGAGUAAAGUCUGGUGUGAUUUAGAAAAGAACCAUAGUAUGAUUUUGCAGGCAAUUGUAGACCCCACUAUGAGAUUCCUAGAUGUUUUGGCUGGGUUGCCCGGAAGUAUGAGUGAUACUCAAGUGCUAAAGAGCUCGAGAUUCUUCGCACUUGCAGAGGAAGGAAAGAGGCUUAAUAGCAAGAAACUCAAGCUAUCAGAUGGUACCGAAAUAAGAGAAUAUAUAGUCGGGGAUUCGGGAUUUCCCCUUCUGCCAUGGCUUCUAACUCCUUAUCAGGGGCGGGGUCUUUCUGAUUAUCAAUUCGAGUUAAAUAAGCGCCAUUACGCAACCAGGAAGGUGGCACAACGUGCGUUGGCAAGGCUGAAAGAGCGAUGGAAGAUCAUUCAAGGCAUAAUGUGGAGGCCCGACAAGCACAAGCUACCAAGGAUUAUACUCGUAUGCUGCAUCCUGCACAAUAUACUCAUCGAUUUAGACGAUGAAAUCCAAAACGAGGCACUCUUAUCACACAACCAUGACCCGGAUUAUCGGCAACAAAAUGGCGAUGCUACUAACAAGCCUGCUUUGACUCAACGAGAGAGGCUCGCUCUUUAUCUGUCCGGAAAAUCACCACCUCAGUAGUACUCACUUAAAGGAGCAAGUUUCGACAGCUCUCUUGUGAUUCCAUAUUGGUUAGUUUGCAAUAUUCCCAUUCUCUUGUUACAGGGCUUUAAGCAACUGUGAAAAUUUUAUGGCCUUAUACAGUAAUACCCUCUGAUAUACAGAAAGCAAAAAAGCUUGACUAGAGUUCUGCAACCAUGGAUUUUGUUUGGU